AUCCUGUAUGAUAAUGGUCAGAGUGUUGAGGUGGAUGGGAAACAGAACCAGAAGCUGAUAACAGGUCUGCAGCCGGAAACACAGUACUCCUUCCUGUUGACUAACCGUGGCAACAGUGCCGGGGGACUACAGCACCGCGUAACCGCGACGACCGCCCCGGACGUGCUGCGCUCCAAACCCACGCUGGUGGGGAAGACCAACGCAGACGGGAUGGUGACUGUUCAACUACCGCCCGUACAGACCACCACUACCGUCAGGGGUUACUAUGUGGUGGUGGUUCCUCUGAAGAAACAGAGAGGAGGGAAGUUCUUGAAGCCUGGUGACAACCCUGAUCAGAUGAACCUAGAUGAGCUCCUGAAAGAGAUCAACAGGACCAGUGUGAGCCAGGCGCUGCGUGUCCGUCGCCAGGUCCCGGCCAGCCAAUCAGAUCCCAGGGCCUAUGUUUCCGCCCACUUUAAGACCCUCCCCCAGGAGUUCACCCUCGGUGAUGGGAGGAGCUAUGGGGAGUUCCGGAACCGCCCCCUGCAAAACGGACAGGAAUAUGUGUUCUUCGUGCUGGCGCUGCUAGACCUGUCUAAUAAUACAAUGUAUUCAACCAGCCCUUACUCUGACCCCGUGACCUCCAACGACGUGGAUCCUCAGCCAAUCGUAGACGAGGAGGAGGGGCUUCUGUGGGUGGUGGGGCCGGUAAUGGCUGUCAUCUUCAUCGUCUGCAUCGUCAUCGCCAUCCUGCUCUUCAAGAGUAAACCAGACAGGAAAAGAGCUGAGGCGGAGGGAAGGAAGGCUAGUUUCCCCUGCAGCAAGGCCAUGUCCUCUCACCAUCCUACAGAUCCUGUGGAGCUACGCAGAAUCAACUUCCAGACCCCAGGCAUGGCUAGUCACCCACCUAUCCCCAUCUCUGAGCUCGCUGAUCAUCUAGAACGUCUGAAAGCCAACGACAACCUGAAGUUCUCUCAGGAAUAUGAGUCCGUUGACCCCGGACAGCAGUUCACCUGGGAGCAGUCUAACCUGGAGGUCAACAAGCCAAAGAACCGCUAUGCGAACGUCAUCGCCUACGACCACUCCAGGGUUCUACUGUCCAGCAUCGAGGGUAUCCCAGGCAGCGACUACAUCAAUGCUAACUACAUUGAUGGCUACCGUCGUCAGAACGCCUACAUAGCGACGCAGGGCUCUCUCCCCGAGACCUUCUGUGACUUCUGGAGACUGGUUUGGGAACAGCACACGGCCAACAUCAUCAUGAUGACCAAGCUCGAGGAGAAAUCCCGGGUAAAAUGUGAUCAGUACUGGCCUACCAGAGGAACAGAGACAUACGGCCUGAUACAGGUUACUCUGCUGGACACUGUAGAGCUGGCUACAUACUCUGUUAGGACCUUCGCUCUCUACAAGAGUGGCUCCAAUGAGAAGCGUGAGAUUCGUCAGUUCCAGUUUACAGCCUGGCCGGACCACGGGGUCCCCGAACACCCCACCCCCUUCCUGGCCUUCCUACGACGGGUCAAGGCCUGCAACCCUCCAGACGCAGGACCCAUGGUCGUACACUGCAGUGCUGGAGUGGGCCGGACUGGUUGUUUCAUCGUGAUUGACGCCAUGGUGGAGCGAAUCAAACACGAGAAGACAGUUGACAUCUACGGUCACGUGACCCUCAUGAGGUCCCAGCGGAACUACAUGGUGCAGACGGAGGAUCAGUACGCCUUCAUUCACGACGCGCUGCUGGAAGCCGUCGCCUGCGGCAACACCGAGGUUCCGGCGCGAAACCUUCACGCCUACAUCCAGAGACUGACCCAGAUAGAACCGGCGGAGAACGUCACGGGCACGGAACUGGAGUUCAAGCGGUUGGCCAGUGCGAAGGCCCACACCUCCAGGUUUGUGAGUGCCAACCUGCCGUGUAACAAGUUCAAGAACCGUCUGGUGAACAUCAUGCCCUAUGAGUCCACCAGGGUCUGUCUGCAGCCAAUCAGAGGAGUGGAGGGGUCAGACUACAUCAACGGCAGCUUCAUAGAUGGAUACAGGCAGCAGAGGGCUUAUAUAGCCACCCAGGGCCCGCUGGCUGAGACUACUGAGGACUACUGGAGAAUGUUGUGGGAACACAACUCUACCAUAGUGGUCAUGUUGACUAAACUGAGGGAGAUGGGCCGGGAGAAGUGCCAUCAGUACUGGCCAGCAGAACGCUCAGCCAGGUACCAGUACUUUGUGGUGGACCCCAUGGCUGAGUACAACAUGCCCCAAUACAUCCUACGAGAGUUCAAAGUCACCGAUGCCAGGGACGGUCAGUCUCGGACGGUUCGUCAGUUCCAGUUCACUGAUUGGCCGGAGCAAGGAGUGCCAAAAUCAGGGGAGGGGUUUAUUGAUUUCAUUGGUCAGGUGCACAAAACUAAAGAGCAGUUUGGUCAGGACGGACCAAUCACGGUGCACUGUAGUGCUGGUGUGGGGAGGACAGGGGUCUUCAUCACUCUGAGUAUCGUUCUGGAGAGGAUGAGAUAUGAAGGAGUAGUGGACAUCUUCCAGACUGUCAAGAUGCUGCGAACACAGAGACCUGCUACAGUUCAGACUGAGGACCAGUACCAGUUCUGUUACCGGGCCGGUCUGGAGUAUCUGGGUAGCUUCGACCACUAUGCAACAUAAUACCUCCCCUGGUCGCGUCCCAAACAACACCCUAACUCCCUGUGUAGUGCACUACUUUAGACCACAGUGUAUUCUCACUUCUUUGGCCCAGUGUGUACACUCAAAAGUAGAGUACUACUGGUUAGUGCACUACACAGGUAAUAGGGGCCAUUUGAGAUUAGGCCUCCACCUCCAGAGGGCAGGGCACCGAUGGCUUCACUCCUCCCCCAAAACGAGCACCUAAACUGAGCCAUAUUUGCGUGUCUGACCGGGGGAUACCUCCAGACCCAACCCAAACCCACUCACUACUCAGUCAGAAGUGCACUACUUUGUGCACUAUAUAGGGAAUAGGGCGCCAUUUUGGACGCAAACUGACACUACUUAAACAAUGGAUUGAGGAUUCAAUGGAUUGAUAAUGGAACAAGUCUUUACAUGGUAAAGGUAGACGGUUAGGGGAACUCACGUCAUUCACAGUGGAACAAGUCUUUACAUGGUAAAGGUAGACGGUUAGGGGAACUCACGUCAUUCACAGUGGAACAAGUCUUUACAUGGUAAAGGUAGACGGUUAGGGGAACUCACGUCAUUCACAGUGGAACAAGUCUUUACAUGGUAAAGGUAGACAGUUAGGGGAACAAGCAACACCCACCUAGAUAUGUACGAGACUACAGUAGGAUGACAAACACACCAUCAAAACAACUUUGGACAUUUUUUGUUAUUUUAUCAAGAAAGUCCACUUUCUGUUUUCCGUCACGGAUUGAUUGAUUGGACAUUGUGGGGACGAUGCAGAGAGAGACUUUUGAGGAGUGGAAAAUUGCCAAUUUGAGGAUUGAAACUGAAAGGAACAAACGGUAUUAAUGAAACGAGACACCUUGGAAUCACAGGUGAUGAAAGACACCAGGAGGACUUUUGUUUGGGGACGGAAUGUUGUUUCAGGUGAAUGAAGAAGGAGAGGAGGAGGAAGAGGAGGAAGAGGAAGAUAUUUCUACAGUAAUAAGUAAUAAUGAGCUCAAUUCAAUCAAAUCCGCAUUCCGGUAUUUACACAGUAGUUGUUUAUUUUACCCAUGGUCAAAUGAUCAAAUGACAUGACAGAAUGGUUAUAGGGGUGAUGUAAACACCUACCACUGACAGGUAGACUCCACUGCCAGGUAGACUCCACGGCCAGGUAGACUCCACGGCCAGGUAGACUCCACGGCCAGGUAGACUCCACGGCCAGGUAGACUCCACGGCCAGGUAGACUCCAUGGACAGGUAGACUCCACGGCCAGGUAGACUCCAUGGACAGGUAGACUCCAAGGCCAGGUAGACUCCACUGGCAGGUAGACUCCACGGCUAGGUAGACUCCACGGCCAGGUAGACUCCACGGCCAGGUAGACUCCACGGCCAGGUAGACUCCACGGCCAGGUAGACUCCACGGCCAGGUAGACUCCACGGCCAGGUAGACUCCACGACCAGGUAGACUCCACGGCCAGGUAGACUCCACGGCCAGGUAGACUCCACUGCCAGGUAGACUCCACGGCCAGGUAGACUUCACGGCCAGGUAGACUCCACGGCCAGGUAGACUCCACGGCCAGGUAGACUCCACUGACAGGUAGACUCCACUGCUAGGUAGACUCCAAGGCCAGGUAGACUCCACUGGCAGGUAGACUCCACGGCCAGGUAGACUCCACGGCCAGGUAGACUCCACGGCCAGGUAGACUCCACGGCCAGGUAGACUCCACGGCCAGGUAGACUCCACGGCCAGGUAGACUCCACGGCCAGGUAGACUCCACUGACAGGUAGAUGCUUCCAGCUCACAGAAGUGUGGGUACGUGAAGACACUGUGUAAACAUUUCUAAAUGCAAGUUUGAUUGAAUAGCUGCCUAUGUGUCUCUAUUGAAGAGGAAUUAGGAAAGUGGUUAAAAAUCCCCACAAAGUAUAAACAACAUCUCGUUUUGUAGUACUAUAUAGAUCUGUAACUAUCUUUUGGGGUUUUUGUACAGACUUGUGACUUUGUCUCGACCUACGAUGGCGACAAGGUUGCAACGAAUUUCUUUAGUAUUGUAGUUUUUUGUUGUUAAAGCUGUGUUACUGUUAAAAAACUGUGGUACUGUUUUAAUGUGUACAAUCAAGCAAAGUCAAAUGGUUUACAGUUGACUUUACACCGUUAUCGAUGUGUCACACUCCUCUGUCAUGUUCGUGUUCCUGCAGUCUCUCUCUCGCUCUCUCUCUGUCUCUCUCUCUCUCUAUUUAACUAUCAAUCCUUACUGGGUUGCUGGACUCUCGUCUUCUCAUCAUCUCAUAAUCAGUGGGGCUAGGAAUAUUUCCUUUCCUGACCAUGUGACCUGACCAGGAGAAACUCUAAACUCCUAGCCCUAAUCCUCAGUACUUAGGCCAAUACAUGGCAGCCAUUUUGACAUGGCGGCCAUUUUGAAUGACUAGGUACCAGCUAAGUAGGAUUCUGCUGCUAUCAAAACACUCAACUUUUCCACCAGACAGUGAUGUAUACAGGUUAUACUAACCAGUGUAUACUACAGUGUACUAAUGUAGAUACAAACCAGUGUAUACUACAGUGUACUACUGUAGAUACUAAACAGUGUAUACUACAGUGUACUACUGUAGAUACUAACCAGUAUAUACUACAGUGUACUACUGUAGAUACUAAACAGUGUAUACUACAGUACUACUGUAGAUACUAAACAGUGUAUACUACAGUGUACUACUGUAGAUACUAAACAGUGUAUACUACAGUGUACUACUGUAGAUACUAAACAGUGUAUACUACAGUGUACUACUAUAGAUACAAACCAGUGUAUACUACAGUGUACUAAUGUAGAUACUCAACAGUGUAUACUACAGUGUACUACUGUAGAUACUAAACAGUGAAUACUACAUUGUACUACUGUAGAUACUAAACAGUGUAUACUACAGUGUACUACUGUAGAUACAAACCAGUGUAUACUACAGUGUACUACUAUAGAUACAAACCAGUGUAUACUACAGUGUACUACUGUAGAUACUAACCAGUGUAUAUUACAUACUAACGAGAAAGGCCCAGUUAUGACAGAAACACAGAUGUAUGCACAUAAAUUGCUAGAUAGAAGCAAAGUAUUUGUCCCAAUAAGCUUCACUAAGAGAUCUCUCAACAAGGAAGGAAAAGAGGGA